AUGAAGUGGAUGGUGGCAGCCCUGCUCUGCCUCCAGCUCCUGGAGGCGAAGGUGGUCAAAGUCCCCCUGAAGAAAUUCAAGUCCAUCCGUGAAACCAUGAAGGAGAAAGGCUUACUGGAGGAGUUCCUGAAGAACCACAAACACGACCCUGUUAAGAAAUACCAUUUUAGUGACUUCAGCGUGUCCUACGAGCCCAUGGCCUACAUGGAUGCUGCCUACUUCGGUGAGAUCAGCAUUGGGACCCCACCACAGAACUUCCUGGUUCUUUUUGAUACCGGCUCUUCCAACCUGUGGGUACCCUCUGUGUACUGCCAGAGCCAGGCCUGCACCGGCCACAGCCGCUUUAACCCCGGCCAGUCCUCCACCUACUCCACCAACGGGCAGACCUUCUCCCUGCAGUACGGCAGCGGCAGCCUCACUGGCUUCUUCGGCUACGACACGAUGACGGUCCAAAGCAUCCAGGUCCCCAACCAGGAGUUCGGCCUCAGUGAGAAUGAGCCGGGCACCAAUUUCGUCUACGCGCAGUUUGACGGCAUCAUGGGCAUGGCCUACCCAGCCCUGGCCGUGGGUGGGGCCACCACAGCCCUGCAGGGCAUGCUGCAGGAGGGCGCCCUCACCAGCCCGGUCUUCAGCUUCUACCUCAGCAACCAGCAGGGUUCUCAGAAUGGAGGAGCAGUCAUCUUCGGGGGUGUGGACAACAGCCUGUACCAGGGGCAGAUCUACUGGGCCCCGGUCACCCAGGAGCUCUACUGGCAGAUUGGCAUUGAGGAGUUCCUCGUUGACGGCCAGGCCUCCGGCUGGUGCUCCCAGGGCUGCCAGGCCAUCGUGGACACAGGCACGUCUCUGCUCACCGUGCCCCAGCAGUACCUGAGCGCCCUUCUGCAGGCCACGGGGGCCCAGGAGGACCAGUAUGGACCGUUUCUUGUGAACUGUAACAACAUCCAGAACCUGCCCACCUUCACCUUCAUCAUCAAUGGUGUGCAGUUCCCUCUGCCACCCUCCUCCUACAUCCUCAAUAACAAUGGGUACUGCACCGUGGGGGUGGAGCCCACCUACCUGCCCUCCCAGAACGGCCAGCCCCUGUGGAUCCUUGGGGAUGUCUUCCUCAGGUCCUACUAUUCCGUCUACGACAUGGGCAACAACAGGGUGGGAUUCGCCACUGCCGCCUAG